AGAAGACAAAGCAUAGAUCACACAUCCCGUUUCUGUCACUUUGUUGGUGUGCACAAUGACUUCCAGCAGACCCCUCCUCGUUCUUCUGUGGUUCAUUCACGUGACAAUCCCAGGUUUAACUGAAGGAGCUGGUGUGCUGCCAGACGGUCUGAAUGCAGCUGUGGGAGGGAAAGUGAUGUUCACCACAACACCAACUCCAGGAACAACUUUUCAAUCAGUGAACUGGAAAUUUGGUGCUAAAGAUAUAUUUACUUGGAAUGUUAACAACUUCCCUGCACUAGGGUAUGAAGACAGGAUCACCUUCUUCUUGUCUACUGGAUCUCUGGAGCUCAGGAACCUGGCUCUAACUGACAGUGGAGAAUACUCAGUUACCAUUGUACCACCAGGAGAACGACCACAGCCAGGGAACACCAGACUGGACGUAUACGAGCCAGUCUCCAAUGUAAUGGUAACCUCCAGCAGCACAGAGCUGGCGGAGUUCAGCUCUGUCAGUCUGUCCUGCUCCUCCUCUGGAUCCUCUCUCUCUUUCCUCUGGCUGAACAGCAGCUCUGAGGUUACGGGAAGUGACAGAGUUCAGAUCACUGAUGGAGGAUCCACUUUAACUAUAGUUAAUGUGACGCGCUACGACCAGGGACCAUUCAGGUGCCGUGUAUCUAAUCCUGUCAGUGAGGGAACCAGUGAUCCAGUAACCCUCACCAUCAACUUUCUUGAGGCACAGCAACUCAAAAUGGAGCCUGAAGUGACGGGAUACCUCGGAGAGGAGGUCACCCUGCGAUACCAAUUCAUCCCGGGACCAAAAGAUGACAUCAUCUCUCAGGUUCAGUGGAAGCUGAAGACACCAGAAGGAGAGGAAAUCACCAUCAUUGUUUCUAGAGGUGAAUCAGGAGUUAGUGUCCCAGAAACAUUUCUGAAGGGGAGAGUGAAGAUUGCAGAACAAUCUUUGAUAAUUGAAGAUGUUGAAAUGAGAGAUGCAGGGUCGUACAUCUGCAGCGUUACAGCUUUUCCCAGCGGAGCAUUUGAAGGAACCACCAAACUUGUUGUUAAAGAAGGGCUGGGUGCAGAAGGGCUGGGUUCAGAAGGGCUGCACAUAUUAGCAAAAAUAAUCACUGCAGGAUUAUUUGUGCUGAUAGUAGGCACCAUGCUGGCCACCACUCUCUUCAUCAUCAGAAAAAGAUACGGUCCAGUGCCAAGUGACUGAACGAGAGGAGGUGAGCUGGGAGAUGGUUUCAGGCCACAUCUUUAAAUUGCCAAAUAAAUGUUUGGAUUAGUUUGAACAUUUACCCCAAAAAAAGCAUUAAGUUAUUUGCCUAAAGAAGUUAAUGCAAAUAACAAAAGCAAGGUCCUUAAAAAACACAUAAGUGUGUUCUACUCUGAUGUCAGGCUCAAAGUAUGCACGGAUGUCAGUCAACAUACAAAGACUGAAAAGUGUUUCAAAGUCAUAAUAUAGAUGUCUUUUACAAUUGGACACUAUAACUUAAAUGAUUUUGUAAUCAUUCAGCAAACUUAUCACAUCCUCCCAUCAGUAAGUUAACUGCUCCUGAAAGUACAAGUCCAUGUUAUUCUAUAUUUUUUUGACAAAUCCCAUAAAAAGGCAAAAAAACAGAGCUUUUUUUGCAAACUCAAACAUGAUUUAACGCUGCAUUGGUUGGUGAAAUAUUUGCAGCUGUGGAUUAAUACAAAUAAGGCAGAUUUUACUGCUGCAUUUCGGUGUGUGAGUACUCAAAAUAUGGUACCACUUUACAAUAAGAUUACCCUUAUAAAAGGGUUUACAAAUAGUUUGUAAUUCAUUUAUUAAUUAGGUUGUGAACACUUUAUAAAUAAUUAAUAAGCUUUUACGAGACAUGAGAUAAACAGGGCGACUGUGACCGGUUGCUUGCCAAAUAGAGUCCACAUUUAUCUGUACUGCUAAGCCUUAUAUUGGCUACCUAGCUUACUUCGUCAUCAGCCAGCAUCCUUGGUAUCUGUUGCUCACUGAGUUGAUUCUCUCCGAGUAGCCAAUAUAAGGCUUAGUCAUCUUGCCAAAUAGUGAGCCUGUGUUGAUGCAUGCAAACAAUGUUAGAACUGGUUUAUAAAGUGGUACCGAAAAUACUGUGUGUGUAUAUAUAUAUAUAUAUAUACUGUAUGACUCAAACUAAACAAUGCAAAUGCUCAUUAUAUUCACCUACGUUAGUGCCACCUUUCUUUCUUUUUUAAACAUCAGAAAUGUGAUCGUCAAUCUUCUCAAGGUUGCUACACAGCUGCAAAAUAUCAUCACUGAAUUUACAAAAUAAAUGUUAAACUAGUGUUUACUGAUGUGAUAUGUUGCAUAGGUGGGAUACUAAUAACCUUUCAAAGACAAGUUACUGUGCAAAGACUUCAAGCCAAGAUAUAAGGCUAACAAAUAACAAUAAUUCAAUAAGAAUAGACCAAUACAUUUAUACAUUAGGUUUAAACAAUAAUGCUCUAAAACACUAAGUAAUAACAAGAAAAGUUCAAGAGGUGCAUUUCUAAAUGUUAAAGAUAUAAACAUCGGAUUAGAGAUGGCCUACCUGCUAUCUCCAGUCUGAUGGUGUCAUGGAGACGAGGCAGCGGCAACAGUUUCAUGAUUACUUUCCAAAAUACAAACGUUUACAGGAAGAAAGUUCAAACGGAUAAUCCUCAGGUAGGCUAACUGCAGUGGGGCAGGAAACUUCAGGGGAAGCAAAGCAAAGACAGCAUUUAACAACAUUUACAGGGUGAGAGGCUGGUCCUGCAGGGCUGAUCAGGUAAAGUGGAAACAGGUGAGCAGGUUACGUCAUUUACCGGACGGGACGCUGAGCAAGCGCUCUCACUGCGCAUGCUCAGACUUCACUCAACACUCUGGCCCAAUCCCAAACCACUCCCUCGACCCUACCCCUCCGUGACGGAGUGAACUCCGUCCGUAGCCACACUCGCAGCUCAACGAGGCUCCCUCCUGUCAGAUGGAGGGAGUAAAUACAGCAGCAAGCUUUGGGACGGCCUCCCUCUCUCCGGCAGAAACAGGAAAUGCCGUAAC